GAUCAUUCAGGACUGUGUUUGAAGAGAUCAAAGAUGUCAUCAACGGUAUCUUCCUACGAUUAUGAGAGUUAUAAUUAUACUGAUGAGGAUUUUGUUCCCUUCUGUGACAAUCAGGAAAGCAUCUCAUUUGGAGACAUCUUUACACAAGUCUUGUACAGCCUCAUCUUUAUUUUCUGCCUGAUUGGGAAUAUUUUAGUUUUCUGGAUCCUUGUGAAAUAUGAGAAGCUGAAAAGUGUAACCAACAUCUUCAUUUUGAAUCUUGUCAUCUCUGAUCUGCUUUUUGCUUGCUCACUUCCAUUCUGGAUUGUGGAUCAUACACACGGAUGGAUCUUCGGCAAGGCCAUGUGCAAGAUAUUGAGUUUGAUUUUCUUUGUCAGCUACUACAGUGGGAUCAUGCUACUAACAUUGAUGACCAUUGACAGAUACUUAGUGGUGGUCCACCCUCUGUCUGCUGUGAGAAUCAGAACGAUCAGUUACAGUGUAGUGGCCUGUUUGUUAGUUUGGUGCAUUAGUAUCUUAGCCACAAUCCCAGAUAUGAUCUUUUCUGAUAUUAUUGUGAACCAAAGGUUUACCUGUGGAAGUGUCUAUCCAAAGGAGCAUGAGGAAAUAUGGCGACUGGUGCAAUGUUCUGAACAAAAUAUUUUGUUCUUCUUGAUCCCCUUUGUUAUUAUUGUGUAUUGCUACUAUAGGAUUUUCAACACUGUUGUUAAAUGCAGAGCUCGAAAGAAAUUCAAAGCUGUGAAGGUUAUCUUCUGUAUUGUGGCAGUGUUUUUUGUUUGUUGGGCUCCCUACAAUGUAGUAAUUUUCCUGCUGUCUUUGUAUGACCUCAAAGUCUUAAUUGUUGAGUCCUGCGGGAUGGGGAACCAUCUAGAUCUUGCGUUUUUCAUUUGUCGGAACCUUGCUUAUUUCCACUGUUGCCUAAAUCCCUUCUUUUAUGCUUUAGUGGGAACGAAAUUCAGGAAACAUUUAAAGAAAAUAAUAAGCAUGUCUCUCCCUUACCACAAUGUCAGUAAGCAUUCAAAGUACAGGCACAGAGGUCGUCACCUGAGUAGUUCACAUGACUAUUCCAAUUCUUCUGGCUUUAACGGAAUCUAUUUGUAACUGGUUAAGAAACCAGUUAAAGAUUGAAUUGGUCAAUUACAGAAUUAUACUUUGUAUGGCACUUUACAGCCAGAUGGAUCCAAUUAAACCACUUAGAGCAAGGUGGAUCUAAUCUCACCAAUCACAGCAAAAUAAUUUCAAAAGCACCAAUUUACGGUGCACAGAAUCUAUCUGAAUUGAUUAAAGUAAGGAAUAUCUAAUGUAAUCAUUCAUACUGUGAUUUUCAUUCACUAUGGCAAUUUAUAGUCAAUCAAUGACUUUUCAAGAAACAUCCAAUCCUUCAUAGGUACACAAAAUUGCUGGAGAAACUCAGCGGGUGCAGCAACAUCUAUGGAGCGAAGAAAAUAGGCGACGUUUCGGUCCGAAACCCUUCUUCAGACUCUACUGUCUACUCCAAUCCUUCAUAUUGUGAAUACAGUCACACCCACUGUUAGCGUAGUUUAGAGAUACAGCAUGGAAACAGGCCUCUCAGCCCAUCGGGUCUAUGCCAACUAUUGAUCACCCACUUACAUAUUUAGUCUGGCCACAGGGAAUUCUUGGACAGGUCAAGCUUAGCAGCAGUAUAAUAGUUUCUGAGUUAGAUGGUCAAGAGCUCUAAUGCGCUCCAGAUAUAAACAUGUAAGUGAGGUUGAUUCUCAGUACAAUGCUGCAGUGUAGUGAGGUGGAAUGCUUCACUGUGAGAGAGGUCAGUCCCUGCAGAGAUGGCAAUCUAAGUCCAUCAGUCAUCUCAAACAGCAAAAUCUUUGAACAAGUGGCGAAACAAUGCUUAUUCUUCAAACAUGAUCAAAACUGAUUAUAUACAGUAUGUGUAUGCGCCACAUUGUUUUUUGUUACACUGCUGAGUUAGUUUAGCUGCCAGGUUUUUCCUUUAUUACUACAGCAUAUGACUGAGCAUAAAAUGCUUUGAGACGCACCCGUUUCUUGAAGAAUGCAAUCAAAAUACAAGCCUGGGAGAGUCACUGACUCAUUGAGUUACAGUCUUUCAGCAUGGAAAAUAUAUUGGUGUUGUUUUACAGAAAAAAACCAUUGUUUUAUUGUCUACCAGGUAAAUCAUAUCAUACAUGAGUACAUCAGCAAAAGAGAAAAUAUAGAGUGCAAAAAAUAAAGAUAGUGUUAUAGUUCCAGACCAAAGUGCAAAUUUACAAAAAAGUAAGGGAUGCAAUGAGAUUGAAAGAUCAAGAAUUCUUCCUUAACUGGAAGCUGGACAAUGUGCUCAAGGGGGAAGGGAGUGGAGGGCAAAGCUGAUCGAUUUAAAUGAGUAAAAGCAGAAGGAGGCUUGAGUGAACCAUAAAAACUAACGUGGUUUGUGUCAGAUGGCUUGCUUCUGCACUAUUUAUCCUAUUUAAUUCUAUGUAAGCAGAAUUACUCCUUGCAUUCUAGCCUGGUUGAACUUUCACUUCUUAGUCAGCUGCUUUCACAAUUUACUUAAAAUGACAGUGUUAGAGUGUUAGAGAAUAACUGAAGUGUUUGAGACUCUGGCCCAGUCUACUCAAAUGUCAAAUUUAGCGCUCUAACAUGUUAAAGAUUUCUGUUGAAUUUGAAUACAAAGAUUUACAACUCAAUGGUUAAAUUAUCUUUUAAUGUCAAAACACACUGGUUCAGUUAGCCUUCCUGAAAGUUAAUCUAUAAAUUCUAGAUAUGCUGUCAUUUAAAUUAACGUUUUGAAAGAUAACUUUUCUUCAGCAGAAUCAGUUUAAUUAUAACACAUCAAGAUACAAAUGGUGUUAAAAUAUAGGCAUUUCAAUGUCCAAGCUAGAGAUUUAAGAAUAUAAUCAAUGUUCUUGCUAAGCGCUGUACCAAAGGAAUGUAGCAAUUUUAUCUCAUUAAAGUUUUCUUUUAUCUCACUAAACUGAAAUCAACCUUUUGUUGUUUUAUUGCUGUAUGUUGUUACUUUAGUAUUUUUAUUGAUUGAAUGGUGUUAACCAUUCACUGUCAUUUAAUGUACUGUUUCUGUGACUGCAAGUUUAUUGUCAUGUGCAAUGAAGCAUCUUGCUGGAUCAACUGCACCAUAUCUCAUUUUCUGCAUAUUUUUAUUAAAAUGUACAUUAUCAAUUAUAAUUUGUCAU